AUGCUGAAGAAAACCGUAUGCACAAGAUCCACGCAAUUGAUGAAUCACGUAAAGCAGCAACCUACGGAUAACGUUAUUCCCAAUGAUGUUAAUAUCUGCUUCGGUCUCUUACUGACAAUAGUAUUAGCCUUCGAGUCUCGUCUUAUGUUGAGACGUAACAUCGCUGUUUCGGAUGGACUCGUGAAUGGGGCAAUGGACAUUGUGAAACGGUUCAAAUGGCCGGAAUUACGCAGAGAUCAAAUGGAAGAAGGAGAAAUGUCAGAUGCUGUUCUCAUUAAAUUUGUUGAUGAAUCAAUAGGUACCAGAUUAAAAGAUGCUGACGGCUACGUUUCUAUUCCACCAAGGUGUGCUACAUUCCAAGCAACUAAAGGUCAUGGUGAUGUAGAGCGUCGAAUGUUACCGCUUUUAUGUUGGGCUGUAACCGUGCAUAAACUCUAG